AUGACGGUUAAGGGCAGAAGUUCCACGCUCUGUGAAUGGGCUCUUGGAGUCAGCGUAGAGGAGUAUUGCGACUCAGUUCAGCGGCGCAGGCGCAAGACAUCGAUUGGCCGACAGCGCAUCAGCGUCGAGAUCUCGACUGACGAGGAGUCUGAAGAGGACACCGUCAAGAUCACAUAUCCACGCGCCGGGAGCAAGAGCUCUGCUGCCCGACCAUCCAAUAUCAAGAAGGUGCGCUUUCAGGGAGCACCCAAGCCCGCAUUGAAAGCGGCCGAUUCAGACGCCGAAUCUUCAGGUGAUUCAGAACCCGAUCCGGACUGCAAGUGCCGGGACUGUAAGAUAGGGCGCAGGAGACUAAGAAAGGCAGGAAAAGGCGACAAGGAGAAGGCUGCUGAGGCUGAAACCUCUGAAGAGGAGUCCAAGCCAAACGAAAAGAAGAAGUCGAAGGUCGACAAGAAGAGCAAGAAGGUAAUCGAAUCAUCAUCGGAGAGCGACGACAGCGAUGCUGAGACGACAGAGACCGAUACAGAGACCGAGGAUGAGGCAUCGCCGCCUCCUAAGAAGACAAAGGACAAGAAGGAGAGCAAGAAGAGCGCGAAUAAAUCCAAGGAAACGGCCGCAGCAGACGUCGAGCCUAACAAUGUUGGCCCGACAAAGAAGGAGCGAGCCAAGAAGAACGACACGAAGAAAGAAAAGGCCAAGAAAGCUCGCGAGCCCGAGAAAUUGAGACCCGAGGCCGCCUUACCUCCCAAUCUCCGCCGCCCAAACCUCAUCAUGCCCAUCCGAGCUGAGGUUCUACAGGUUGAGCAUGCCAUUGAAGGGGUUAAGGACCCCCGACCGAAUGCUUUCCAUGAUUCGCAGCACGGCGUCGUUCGAGUCUAUCACGGACCAGCAUACGGCAAUCCUUAUGGACUACUGUAUCCCGCGCGCGAUCCUUCCAAGGCAACUCUGCCUUUAGGCAUGCCUCAUCCAUUGCAGAACCCUUACUUCAACGGGUUUUCUAACACUGUGAAUCCUGGCGACAACCACUCCAAGAGCCAGUCGCCAUGGGGUGCUAUUCCAGUCACCUACAUGCCAGGAGGACCUCCGAUGAUGGCCCCGGUUGAUCCGAUGCAAAUGCCGCAGAUACCGCCUUACUGGGCUCCAGUGUCACCAGUCAAGAUUUCUUCAGUCAAAGGGUCACCGAAGAUGUCAGGGGCCAACCAGGCAGGAGACAGCAAAGAGAAGGGAUGGGAAACGAAUGUUGGUCCAGCGGGCGCCAAAGCUCCCUCCCCUGCAAAGAGCGCCAAGGUCCAGCCGUUGAACAACAAUGUUGCACCAGCCUCUCCCAUCAACAUCAGUCUGACUGUCAAUCCGAACACGCCUUGGGCCGAAUUUGCGAACACCGUCAGCAAGAAGUCUAGUCCCAAUAAAGACGGCUCACAAGCUGGGAGCAAGCAGGGAUCCAACAACGGGAGCAAGAAGUCUUGGGGGUCCAAGAAGACCACCGAUUGGCAGACUAUACCCAGUGGUCAGCACCCAGACCUCGGAUGGGGCACACCCGCGAAGAGUCAAGCGGGCAGCAACUCUGGGUGGCCCCAGACCACAGGAAGUAACUCUGCCUGGGGUCAAACUGGUGAUGGCAAUAAUGACGCUUGGGGAACGACAGGUGGUUCAGGAAGUAAUAGGAGCGGAUCAGGAAGCAACAAGAGUGGCAGAAGCAACAGCGGCUGGAACAAUUCUGGCAACGACCAGAAAAAUGACACCUGGAACGAUUCAGGCACUGGCCAACACAAUGACGGUUGGAACACGUCAGGAAACGACACCGGCAAUGAUCCUUGGGGCUCGUCAGGCAAUACCCAGGGCGAUGCUGCUCAGGGAGCUUCUGGCGGCGACAAUGUCUGGGGAGCGACGACAAACAACAAUACUUGGGGAGACUCGGGCAACAACAACGGAAACAAUAACCAGACAAUGAACACAGACGGCUGGGGAGCCUCUAACGGUAACACAGGCGACACCUGGGCUACAGGAGGCAAUUACAAUAAUUGGGCAACAGCCUCUAAUCAUUCGAACAGCUCGAAGAAGUCGAACAAAAGCAAAAACGGGGGAGGAAGCAACCGAAGCGCCAGUGGCAACCAGCAGCCACCUCCCAAUUGGGAUAAUCAGAGCAAUAAUGUCGGAUUUUCUGGACGGGUUGUCUCGAGUGGUUCCAACAACUCGCAUCAGUCACGAAAGAGCCAAGCACCGCCGUCGAACUCAGGUUGGGACAACAACGCUGGUCCUUCGACGAACAGCCCCGUCGGUAACGCCUCCAACAAGAGCAAUGGUUCAAAGAAGAGCUCCAAGAAGGGCUCAAACAAAGACGAUGCCUGGAAUGCUGGGAGCGGCGACAACAACCCAGCUUGGAUCGUCGACAACAAUACUGGACCGAUGACGGUUAGCCCCAACGCUUCCCAAACGUCAAAGAAGAGCGAGAAGAGUGAUAAGAAUGCCACGACGGCGGGUGAGGGCGGCGGAUGGGGGCCUGCUCCCGCUGGAGACGGCUGGAAUCCGACCGGCACCGAGAUGAGCAAGGGCUCCGGCAGCAGCAAGAGCAUGCCGGGCGCCUGGGACCCUACACCGCCUUGGGGUGAUACAAGCAUGGCGCAAUCUACCAACGGACUUGCGGAUACUUGGUAG